UUCCCUACUUGUGAAAUGCCCUCGGUGAGUGCUGCUGAAAUUAUGUUGCCUAACAUUUUGGGCGAAGAAUUGGGAUCUUUGGCUUCUUCAGAACUUGUGGCUAUUGUAAAUUAACACAUCGGAUAUGUUAAGUAACAUUUAUUUGCUGUUAGUUACUGCCUGACACCUUGUGCCCUUGCAGCCUCCAAUCAACCCAACAGAAGGGCUGUGGAGGUCAGGCUGCAUGUUGGGAAAAGGCUCUGCACCGAAGGGUGGUGGGCACAGCCUUGACCUGCUGGAGUUCUUUACCUCAAUUAUGGAUCUUGCUUUUAAUGACAGUUUAUAGGUUGGCAGGAGUGACAGAGCAUUUCCUAGCUCCUUUCUGUGUUGCUGCUGUGUUGCUAAACUUUGUCUUGGAAGCAGUUAUCUGCUCCUGCAUUGGCUGGUGGGAAAAGUGGAAGUCAUCUGUGGUGGGGAAGUCUGGAAUAAGCUGAUUUUUCUCUUGUAACAAAAUGAAAGCUCAUAGAUUCCUUAUCAUUAGUAACCCAUAAUGUGGUAAAAGUUACAUUCAAAAAGCCAACCUUCCAGUGCCAUCUUUUCAUGCAAAAUAACCAAAAGUGCUUUCCUAAUUAUAGUUCUUCCUCCUAUCCUCAGAAAUAACACUUGCAAAGCAGUGUCAGUCAUCUGACGUAAACAAAGUACUCUGUUCCCAGAAGACAGUCCAUCCUGGGCUUCUGUUGCUCAAUGAUAUUGGCCCUGUUUAUCAGCAGGCAACCUGUCACGUUUCACUCAGGCUUGCAUUAUUUCCUUAAGUGCAGUGAAGCAUUUCACUCUAUGGGCAUUAUAGCUAAUUGCACUGGAUUUCACUCUAGCAUUUUCCUGGAAAAUUCCGAUGCUAUGCCUCAGAUAGAAGAAAAUAAGAAAAAUAAUAUAAGAAAUUCUGUCUUUUUUAGUGGUGGGAGAGAGAAGUGUGGAUAGAGAGGGCAAGUUUAGUCACUGGUUGACCCAGUUCUCAGAUUGGCUGAAAAUUAUGGAUUCUUCUUAUAUGUUUGAGUAGCAUGCAGGGAGCUGGGAGUGCACUGUUAUGUUCAGGUCUUACAAAGUAUUUUUUCUUGCUGGCUGUGUCCCUCUCCUUCCUGCAGUUGUACACUGCAAAUGAUGCUUAAUAAUGAACUGCAAGUUUGCCAGGCAGCAUGCAAAUGUUGUCAUUAUAGGGAAUUAAUGCUCAGAAGCUGUUAUUGUUUUUAUUAUGGAGGUUGCAGUGUGUGACUUUCAUUAUGUGUACAAUUUAUGUGGUAGAAGCAGAGGUACUUAGUGCUGUUCAUUGUUGGCCGUACUCUUUCUACAUGAGUAUGUGUUUCUACAUAUGACAUACAUAAAGUAAUUAAGCACAAAUACAGUGUGCACAGUCUUGAAUCACACUGCUGCACAAAGAACUGGAAUGAAGUGUUGUAUGUGACAGUUGUCUCUUCCAAACGGUGAGUAGAUGCUUCGCCUCCUCGUGAAACAUCUGAUGAGCCACUUGUGAGGAGUCAGCUACUCCCCUUGCUGGCAGAGUGACAGUCCCAGCAGUAUAAAAGGGCCCUGAGGGGCAGACUGUGCUGGGUGUAGCUGAUACAGCAGCAGAACGAGGGCUUCUCCUAGGGACUGCAGCUGGAAAAGCUGUGCUAGGUUGUAGCUACCAACACUUGAGCUACACAAAAUGCGUGAGAUCGUGCACCUUCAGAUUGGCCAGUGUGGAAACCAAAUUGGAGCUAAGUUCUGGGAAGUGAUAAGUGAUGAACAUGGAAUUGAUAUUGCUGGAAACUACCAUGGGAAUGCAUCGCUGCAGCUUGAGCGCAUUAACGUGUACUUCAACGAGGCUUAUUCCCAUAAAUAUGUGCCCCGUUCUAUCUUGGUGGACCUGGAGCCUGGUACAAUGGACAGUGUACGAUCUAGCAAAAUUGGCCCACUAUUUCGACCUGACAAUUUUAUUCAUGGUAAUUCAGGUGCUGGAAACAACUGGGCUAAGGGCCAUUACACAGAAGGAGCUGAACUGAUUGAAAAUGUUAUGGAUGUGGUCAGGAACGAGUGUGAGAGCUGUGACUGCCUGCAGGGAUUCCAGCUCAUCCAUUCUCUUGGUGGUGGUACAGGCUCAGGUAUGGGCACGCUCCUCAUCAACAAAAUCAGAGAAGAAUAUCCCGACAGAAUUAUGAACACUUUCAGUGUUGUUCCUUCACCCAAAGUAUCUGACACAGUUGUAGAGCCCUAUAAUGCCAUCCUCUCCAUCCAUCAACUAAUAGAGAAUACAGAUGAAACCUUCUGCAUUGACAAUGAAGCACUAUAUGAUAUAUGUUUUAGAACUUUAAAGCUCACCAAUCCCACCUAUGGUGACCUCAAUCACUUAGUGUCCCUAACAAUGAGUGGUGUUACAACCUCACUCCGUUUUCCUGGUCAGCUGAAUGCAGAUCUGAGGAAGCUGGCUGUUAACAUGGUGCCCUUCCCUCGCCUGCAUUUCUUUAUGCCAGGCUUUGCUCCUCUAACAGCACGAGGUAGCCAGCAGUACAGAGCCCUCUCAGUGCCAGAGCUUACUCAACAGAUGUUUGAUGCACGCAACAUGAUGGCAGCCUGCGACCCCCGUCGGGGGCGUUAUUUGACUGUGGCAUGCAUCUUCAGAGGCCGAAUGUCUACCAGAGAAGUGGAUGAACAGUUACUGUCUGUCCAGACCAAGAACAGCUCCUACUUUGUGGAGUGGAUCCCUAAUAAUGUCAAAGUGGCUGUGUGUGACAUACCACCGCGAGGACUGAAGAUGGCAGCUACCUUUAUUGGCAAUAACACGGCCAUUCAGGAGCUCUUCAUCAGGGUUUCUGAACAGUUUUCAGCUAUGUUCAGAAGAAAAGCGUUUCUCCAUUGGUACACUGGUGAAGGCAUGGAUGAGAUGGAGUUUUCUGAAGCAGAGGGAAACACCAAUGACCUUGUUUCUGAGUACCAGCAGUACCAAGAUGCCACUGCAGAUGUUGAGGAAUACGAAGAAGUGGAAGCUAGCCCAGAAAAGGAAACAUAAAAACAAUGGCAGUAUAAAACAUUCUCCAAGUAAGCCUGUUGUCAUUCACUAAAGGAAAAGCAUUAGCCACAAGCCGCAUACCAAAAAUAACAUCUUUAAGAUUAUUUUCCUCUCCAAAAUUACAGUACAACACUUUUGAAAUUAACAGCAGGUAUGCUCUACUUUCCUGUCUACACUAAAUCACUCCCAGAAAAGAUCCACUAUGAAGACAGGUUCCCUCAUAACAGUCUUGUAAAUGUAUUCCCUUCUGGAAUUUUGUUGCUACAUAUACAAUAUACAGCCCGUGUGUGUGCAUUAGGAUCACAAGCAUUUGCAAAAGAUGUUAUAAACUUAUCAAAUUUACUUAUUUUCAGGUAACCACAGUCCAUAUUUUGCUUGUGAACUUGCUACUGUGUUGGGAACACGCACUUGUAGGGCCUAUAAAGGCAGUAUGUCAUCAUGCACUCUAGAGAUGGAUCCUGCUGACCUGCUGACAAUUUCAGUUCCUUUAGCAGCAGAAUGAAGGGGAAAAACAAGACUACAUAUUCACUUUUUUUUUUUUUUUUGUUAAGAGGAUAUAUUUUAAUAGUCCUGUCACAUUGCUGGUUUGUAUUAUUGCAGAGCUUGUACUCAUUUUGUGGUUUAUUUCAGUUUCAAACUAUAGCUUCAGUUAUACUAGCAUACCAAAUUGUAAACAGUUUAACAGUUUUGGCGUGGUGUUUUGGUUUUUGUUUCCCUCCUUCUAUGUAGUAACUAUUGUAAUUUUUCUUCCCAUCACUCAGCACAGCAACAGAUGGAAUGGUUUGCAGUUAAAUAAGAGAUGUAAGUUCAAUGGCAAUCACUAAAUAAGAAAAAUAUCUUGAGGAAGAAAAAUGUGCCUUUCACAGCCAUCUAUUUAACACUGCAUUUAUAAUAUUAGUUGAAAUAAAAAUAUACAGCAUUCUGUAAAAUACUUCAACGCUUGAAAAAUUUAGUAGGCAAAAACCAUAGUUUAUAAUGACCAACAUGCACUUAAAAAUUCUUCCUUGAAAAAAAAAAAAAAAAAAGCUUGUUUUACUGUUCUCUCAGAAGAUAUUGUUUUGUAUUCUGAAGAAAGCCAUGCCUCAUGUUUCAGUCUUUUGUAUUACAGUCAGCAGUAGAAGCAUCGUACAUUAUAUUCCUUCCUAUGCACAGGGACAAUAUUAUACUUGCUGUUGAGAUACACAGCAGCUGAAACAUACUCCAUCAUCUUCACUUGGUUAGGGGAAAUGACUGCGUCCCCCUCCAUUCCUACUGCUUCCUAGUGAAUCCAUGCCUGCUCCCUCACAGGGAAAGUGAUCAAGUGCUAAUAGGAACAGUAAUACAGUCCAGAGCACAGUCCUGAGCCUUCUGCACUUCCCACCCCAUACAGGGAGCCACCUCCAACUCCUGAUUCACUGAUUGUGGUUCAGAUAGUCUUGGAGAUGGAUCACAUGCAGCAUCUCCAUGGAGAAGUAUUCUACUUUGUUUUGCCUUAAAUCCAAGUGGCAUCAAAAUGACUUUGGCUGAGAAAGUUUAUUCUGAGCACAAAAGUUCAUUCAUUCAUUAUGGAAAUGAAGCAGGCAAAAAAAUUUAAACAGCAGUUACAUCUCUCUCUUAUUAAUAAUAGUUAUUAAUAGACUCUCUUAUUAAUAUCAGCAUGAAAGCCACGAAGAGAUCUGCCUUGACAAUAAACAUCUGUUGCCAACAAAUGGUAGAGUGUGAUAAA